AUGUCAAGCCGCAGCAGAGGAGAAAGAACUCAGUAUUUGCUACGGGACGUACCGAGUCAGGACUACGCAAGGCAGUUACGAGGACCGCCUACAUCAAGGAGAGAAACAGGAGAGAAACAGUUCUUACUUGAGACGGAGGAGUCAAACGAGCUAGAUUUAGAGCAAGUGGAAGACAGUACAAGCAGAGGAGAAGCGAUGGAGCAGUUGGCGACAGCUUUAACGAGUCUUGUUCAGUUGCAACAGGAGCAACAACGCCGUUGGGAGACAACGCAGCAGCAACAAGAGGAGCGUCGACAAGAAGAGGAGCAACAUCGUCAAAGACAGUUCCAGGAGUACCAGGAGCAGGAAGGAGCAGUACUAGCAGUAUCACCAAGAUCACAGAAGAAGAAGCAGUCAGUUCCAGAGAAGCAGCAGUCAGUUCCAGAGAAGCAGCAGUCAGUUCCAGAGAAGCAGCCAGUUCCAGAGAAGCAGCAGUCAGUUCCAGAGAAGCAGCCAGUUCCAGAGAGGCAGCAGUCAGUUCCAGAGAAGCAGCAGUUAGUUCCAGAGAAGAAGCAGCCAGUUCCAGAGAAGAAGCAAUCAGUUCCAGAGAAGCAGUCAGUUCCAGAAAAGGAGCAGUCAGUUCCAGAGAAGCAGCAGUCAGUUCCAGAGAAGCAGUCAGUUCCAGAGAGGCAGCAGUCAGUUCCAGAAAAGGAGCAGUCAGUUCCAGAGAAGCAGCAGUCAGUUCCAGAGAAGCAGUCAGUUCCAGAGAGGCAGCAGUCAGUUCCAGAGAAGAAGCAGUCAGUUCCAGAGAAGAAGCAGUCAGUUCCAGAGAAGAAGCAGUCAGUUCCAGAGAAGAAACAGUCAGUUCCAGAGGAGGAGCAGUCACAGCAGUCAGUUCCAGAGAAGAAACAGUCAGUUCCAGAGGAGGAGCAGUCACAGCAGUCAGUUCCAGAGGAGGAGCAGUCACAGCAGUCAGUUCCAGAGGAGGAGCAGUCACAGCAGUCAGUUCCAGAGGAGGAGCAGUCACAGCAGUCGGUUCCAGAGGAGCAGUCACAGCAGUCAGUUCCAGAGGAGGAGCAGUCACAGCAGUCAGUUCCAGAGGAGGAGCAGUCACAGCAGUCAGUUCCAGAGAAGGAGCAGUAUCUAGAGACGGAGUUUCCUUUUAGUCAAGAUCUAUUCCUACAACCAUCAGGGAAGCUAAAGACACAUAAAACUAGGAGGGAAAAGAGACUUCACAACCAGAGAUGGAGCAGUAGUGGUGAUGGGAGUUCUACUAUGCAGUUGAGGAUGGAGCAAAGAAAAGACACAGAGAUUCUGAAGUGGAUGGAGAAAGAAGACAAGUCCAGGAUAGUUGAGAGAGAUGGGGUAAUCUGCCGUAUUUGGAAGCCAAGGGAUGAACCAGAUACUACUUAUGAACAGAUUGUGCUACCACAGCAAUAUAGGAAACAAAUUAUCAGGUUAGCCCAUGACUUACCUUUUUCUGGUCAUUUAGGUACAAGAAAAGACGACACAGAGGGUCUUAAGAAGAUUUCCAAACGUAGCGAAAUUGCAGCCACGCGCAUACAAACAGCAGGCAGAGCCCCGACAACCAGCGAGGAAUUCAUGAAACUAAACCUCUUGCAACUGGAAGCUCUCAAGAACUCGGGUGGAGCUGGUCUCACUUUUCAAAGUCCUCAGGAUUUCCUGACAUGGCAGGCAACUGUAGCAAGAGCUGGUCAGUUAUCAGCAAUGGGUGUUCCUGAGUCAAAUGAGGCUGCGUUUCAGAUGCAGUUACUGGCUUAG